AUGAGGACAGCCGCUUGGAACUGUAGAGGAUUAGGUAAUGACCUCGCAGUUCAACGUCUAAAGGAGAUAAAGAAGACUUACUCUCCAGACAUCAUUUUCCUCUUUGAAACAAAACAAGGAGACGACGCUGUUCGAGGCAUAGUUGCAGAGCUAGGUUAUGAUCGAGUUGUAACAGUCCCUCCUAUACGCAUGUUCACGUUAAUGGAUUUGGUUUUUACUUGUCGUGUGUUUAUGGAUCUUAAGCAUACUGGGAAUCCUUUCUCUUGGGUAGGAAAGCGUUAUAGCCAUGACGUUGCUUGCUGUUUAGACCGUACCAUGGUAAAUUCUGAGUGGUUAGCUCAAUAUCCUGCGUCUCAUGUGGAGUUCUUGGAGCUCCUUGAAUCAGAUCAUAGACCGGUCAUCACUACCAUCUCCAACGAUUUUACACCUCGAAAAGGUCACAUCUAUUUCGACUCAAGAUUGACGAUCCAUUUCCAUUUGGAAAAAAAAGGAAACAGAACAAACUCUCAGGAAGAGAUAGGUAUAUUGAAGAAACUACUCGACCAAGCUCAUACCAAUGGCUCUCCUACGCACCAUAUUCGUGAUCUCCGGAUGAAGCUUAGUUGUGCUUAUAAGGAAGAAGAAGAGUUUUGGAGAAUCAAAAAUCAUAAAACAUGGCUAGCAAGUGGUGAUCGUAACACCAAGUAUUUCUUCGCAACUGCAAAAAGCCAUACUGCUCGAAAUAAACUGUACUCCAUUCUUGAUGAUGAGAGAUUUGAGCAUUGUGGAGAUAGUCAGAUUGGAAAGGUAGCAGAAUCCUAUUUCACAAAGCUUUUUAAAAGUGAGUUGUCGCCACAGAACAACCAUUAUCACGUUUUUCGAGACUUCAAACAAAGAGUCACACCAGCAAUCAACCAGGAUUUAACUAAGCCAGUCACGGAGGAGGAAAUCAAGUAUGCAGUUUUUGAUAAUGGUGCUACAAAAGCUCCGGGACCUGAUGGUUUCACCGGAGCUUUCUAUCAGAAUUUUUGGGAUACUACAAAAGACGCAGUUUCACAGGAGGUUCGUAAUUUCUUUGAUCAAGGAGUCUUCGACAAGUCGCUAAAUCAUACCAACAUCUGCUUAAUUCCCAAGAAUACUGAAGCGAACCACAUGAGUGAGUUUCUGCCAAUAGCCUUAUGCAAUGUCAGUUACAAGAUUAUCUCCAAAGUUUUGGUUGGGAGAUUAAAACAACAUCUUCAUCUUAUCAUCUCUGAAGAACGAGCAGCCUUUAUUCCUGGCAGAAUCAUAACAGAUAAUGUACUCAUAGCACAUGAGCUCAUCCAUGCGCUAAAAGUGAAAAGGCGAUGUGCAAAUUCCUACAUGGCGAUCAAAACAGACAUCACUAAAGCCUAUGAUCGUCUCGAGUGGGAUUUCCUACAAGUAACAAUGUUUAAAUUUGGGUUUGAUGUCAAAUGGAUUCAAUGGAUCAUGACCUAUGUCAGAACUCCAACAUUUUCAGUCAACAUUAACGGCAAUCCGCAGGGCUUUAUACAACCAAAACGGGGCAUAAGCCAUAUGAUGAAACGGGCUGAGGCGCAAGGUAUGAUAAAAGGAAUGAAGAUCAGCAAUGCCAGUCCUUCUAAAGCUUCGGGACAACAAAUCAACAAGAGAAAAUCUUCAUUAACGUUUGGAAAAUGGGUUCCAGAAGCCCUUAAGACACAAAUAAGGCAUCGUCUACAGAUUCAUAAUGAUGGUGGUUGUGGCAAGUAUUUGGGACUGCCAGAACAAUUUGGUCAAAAAAAGAUAGAGAUGUUUCAAUAUAUUGUGGAGAAGGUUCAAAACAGAACGAAGGGUUGGAACAACAAAUUUCUAUCCCACCGUGGUAAGGAGAUCUUAUUGAAAGCGAUAGCGCUUGCAAUGCCGGUUUAUACGAUGAAUUGCUUUAAGAUUCCAAAAUGGAUCUGUGAAGAAAUAGAGAGGAUCAUUGCCAACUACUGGUGGAAUACUCAACAAAAUGGAAAUGCAGUUCAUUGGGUAGCAUGGGAUCGUUUAAAGUAUAUGAAGAAAGAAGGAGGACUUGGUUUUCGUGACAUAGAACAGUUUAAUGAAGCUCUACUUGCCAAACAAGCCUGGAGAAUACUGCAGCAUCCGAACAGCCUCAUGUCACGUAUACUUAAAGGAAGAUACUUUUCAGAUUCAAACAUACUCGAUGCUACAAGAGGAACACAACCUUCUUUCGGAUGGCAAUCUUUACUUGUUGGUCGUGAUCUCCUUAAAAAAGGGUUACGAUUUACUGUAGGUGACGAAACAAGCAUCAAGACAUGGACAGACCCUUGGUUGCCAGUACACCCUCCGAGACCCCCACGGCUAGCUAAGAAUAUACAAGGCGACUCAUCCACAGUAAACACUCUUUUCUUGCCAAACAGAAGCAGUUGGAAUGAGAGCUUAGUUCGUGACAAGGUUUAUCUGGAUGAUGUCAAUCAUAUUCUCUUGAUUAAGAAAAGUCAUUGGCAGAAUCAGGACUACCUAGGAUGGCACUAUACUGAAAAUGGUAUAUACCCUGUCAAGUCUGGCUACUGGCUCGCAACCCAUCUUCCAGAACAAGAAUUUCAAGUCAGACCUCCUUAUGGAAAUCCACAACUAAAAACAGAUAUCUGGAAAACAAAACUUCCUCCAAAAUUCAAGCACUUCCUCUGGCGUAUGUCUUUUCGCACUUUGGCUACCGGAGAUGAAUUAGAGCGACGUCAUAUCUCUACAAACCCAUUUUGCAAACGAUGUGUUCAUGUUGUUGAAACUACCGAACAUCUUUUCUUUACCUGUCCCAAUGCUAUGCAGAUCUGGAGAUGUUCUAAUAUCCCUAUCAGAAGUCUUCUAAACCCAAAUGAGCACCUCGAGGACAAACUCAAGGCGAUUCUAGAAUUUUAUAAACAGAGGAGUCACUAUGACCGUCUCUCCCUUCUUCCGUUCUGGAUUCUUUGGAAAAUUUGGACAAGUCGUAACAAGCUCAUUUUUCAGAAGAUAAAUCACACUUGGCAGAGAUUGCUGAGGGAAGCUAAGCAAGAAACGGAUGAAUGGCUAGCUAUCAUUCCUCCACCCUCACGAGUUAAUCCUCAAGUCCCAUGCUCUACCAUCAGUAGUAAAAGGAACAGUUCUAACUGGCAAAAACCACCUUAUGGAUGGGUUAAGUGUAAUUAUGAUGGCAGUUUUCUCGAUGAAGACAGACAAGCAACGUCCGGUUGGAUAGUUCGUGAUGAUCAAGGACAUUUUAAAGAAGCAGGUCAAGUAACGGGGGCUAAAGUCAAGUCAGCUUUUGAAGCGGAGUGUCAAAGUUUAAUAUUUGCUAUGCAGCAAACAUGGAGGAAUGGGUACACAAACGUUAUUUUUGAAGGAGACUGUCAAAGUUUGGUAACGGCGAUCAACAAUUCUUCUCUAUGUUUUGACAUCUAUAACUGGAUACAAGAGAUAAAAGGAUGGGCGACAAGAUUUAACAAUGUUGUUUUCCGAUGGACCUCAAGGCAAUCGAACCAUUUAGCGGAUCAGCUAGCUAAAGUUCAGCGUGAGAGGAACAUAGAAUCCUCUUUGUACUUUUCAAUUCCUUUUUGUAUUUUGGCUGAUUUCAACUCGGUAUUCUAUAUUUCAUAA